AUGUAUCAACGUGCCCUUCUUUUCUCUGCACUCCUGUCCGCCGCUCGGGCUCAGCAGGCAGGUACCCUGCAGGCUGAAACCCAUCCUACUUUGAACUGGCAAAAGUGUGAUGCCAGUGGUUCUUGCGCUAAAGUUGACGGCUCCGUUGUCCUUGAUGCUAACUGGCGUUGGACUCACUCCGUUGACGGUUCCACCAACUGCUACACCGGUAACACGUGGAACAAAGAGCUCUGCCCUGACAACGAAACUUGUGCAAAAAAAUGUGCGGUUGAUGGUGCCAAUUAUGCAGGAACCUAUGGCAUUACCUCCACGGGGGACGCACUCACGCUCAAGUUCGUCACUGGUUCCAACAUUGGCUCCCGUGUUUACCUGAUGUCCGAUGACGAGACCUACCAAACCUUUGACUUACUGAACAACGAGUUCACUUUCGACGUUGACGUAUCCAACCUUCCUUGCGGCCUGAACGGUGCCUUGUACUUCACCUCGAUGGAAGCCGACGGUGGUUUGAGCAAGUACAAAGGUAACAAGGCUGGUGCCAAGUACGGAACCGGCUACUGUGACUCUCAAUGCCCUCGUGAUAUCAAAUUCAUCAACGGCAUGGCUAAUGUCGAGGACUGGACUCCUUCCAACAACGACCCCAACACGGGUGUUGGUGGCAUGGGUGCAUGCUGCCCUGAAAUGGAUAUCUGGGAAGCCAACAGCAUCUCUUCUGCUUACACUCCCCACCCUUGCGAUGCCGUUAAGCAGACCAUGUGCAAAGGCGAUAAAUGUGGUGGCACCUACUCCUCCGACCGCUACGCCGGUCCUUGCGAUCCUGACGGCUGUGACUUCAACGCUUACCGGAUGGGCAACACUUCCUUCUAUGGCCCCGGUAAAAUGGUCGACACCAAAUCCAAAUUUACUGUCGUGACCCAAUUCGUUGCUAACGGUGGCUCCCUGUCUGAGAUCAAGCGUUUCUACGUCCAGAAUGGCAAAGUCAUUGCCAACUCUGCCUCCAAUGUUAGCGGUGUGGCUGGCAACUCAAUUACUUCCGACUUCUGCACUGCCCAAAAGAAGACCUUCGGUGACAAGGAUAUCUUCGCCCAGCACGGUGGACUUACCAAGAUGGGUGACGCCAUGUCUGCCAUGGUUCUCAUUCUCAGUCUCUGGGAUGACCACUACGCCAGCAUGUUGUGGCUCGAUAGCUCCUACCCCACUGAUGCCAACCCAAGCACCCCUGGUGUUGCCCGCGGUACUUGCGCCAAGGGUGCUGGCGACCCAAACACCGUCCAGUCUGCACACCCCGAUGCUUCCGUCACCUUCUCCAACAUCAAGUUCGGGCCUAUCGGCUCUACCUUUGAAUCUUGA